CAUCAAUGAAACACUUUGAAUUCGCAUUUCGGCGACAUAGUCUCUACCAACAACCUCGCCGUCUGCUUUUGCCGGACCACCGCAUCUAUUUUCUCCACCAACACCGCUCCUACGAUCCUCUCGUAACCUCCUCCACCACCGUUCGCCACGUAAUCAACCAGCGCCGCCUGCACUGGUCCCAAACUCCGCCGAUUCCAUAUACGAAUCGGUGAGGCAAGAAUUUGAUCUCAGGGGCGCGUCGACGGAUUUCUUGAAGGUGCGGCGGAGACGGCGAAGUUACUGCAUCGCGGGGGAUUUCAUCUACAAAUUAUGCAAUCUGGUUGCAGUGUCAGAGCUCUCUGGAUCAUCAACAACAAUCAGGACAAUGUUGUCUUCUCCAGGAGGUUCCCGGUCGUCGAGAAGCAAUGGUGCUCCUCCGCUUACAAGUCGGGAAACGAAAGCACUGACUUAGAUCUUCCUAGACUCCCCACCGAUCAGCAACUCUCCAAUGCUUUCACUCGAAGAAAGAGACGGGAAGGCUCUACUCGUGGAUACGGCAUACGUGUAGCUCAAUCGACUAAAGGAUCAGAUUCUUGGGUUGAUGAUCCCAUCGCUCGUCAUAUUAUCAGUCUUCGUUUAAGCCAACAAGAUGAUGAUGAUGAUGAUGGAGAUAACGAGCAGCCUGAGAAGAACAUUCUCUGGCCCAUUGCUCUCCACACCAAAUCCCUUUACUCCAUCCUCGUUUUGCCUUUGGUUAACCCAAGGGAGAUGAAGGAUUACCUCACCUUAUCUAGGAGAUCUGACUGUGGUCCAGCCGUUGGUGAAGAUUUCAGUUUGUCGUCUCUCUUGCUUAACAUUUCCUCCAUCACUGGGGCUUUCAUGGUGGCUCAUGCAUUUGCUGACAUCAUUUCUGGUGAUACAGUUGAACCUGAGGUUGUUGUGAGUGCCUCACCAUCAGUUGGGGGCUUGUUUGAUUCACUCACUGGAAGCAUUGGUAUCUCAUCCAGGGCAAAACCUGUUGCUGCACCUCUUGCAUCUUCUUCCCCGUCUGGAGCUGCAACAUCUGGAUCUACAUCCUCGGAUGCUCCCAAAUCAGGGUCUAGGUUACUCGAUAGAGAUUUACUUAGGAAUUUUAUCGCUAGUGCUAUGCCGUUUGGUACCCCAUUAGACCUCAGCUUGUCUAAUAUUUUUGCUAUGAAGGCGAAUGGCUUUUCCUCUGCUGAUCCUCCUCCCCAGGAACUUAAGCAACCAGCAUGGAAGCCAUACUUGUACAAAGGAAAGCAAAGGCUAUUGUUCACAAUUCAUGAGACCGUGAACGCUGCAAUGUACGACCGCGAUGAGAUUCCUGAUAAUGUAUCUGUUGCCGGACAGAUAAACUGUCGGGCAGAGCUAGAAGGGCUGCCUGACGUAUCGUUUCCUCUAGCAGGGCUGAGUACAGCCCACAUCGAAGCUAUAUCUUUCCAUCCAUGUGCCCAAGUGCCAGCACAUGGGAUUGACAAGCAGAACAUUGUUUUCCUGCCUCCCUUCGGUAACUUUGUUCUCAUGCGAUACCAGGCAGGUUGUGGGCUCGGACCACCAGUGAAAGGUUUCUAUCAGCUAUCAAUGGUCUCAGAAGACGAGGGUGCAUUCCUCUUCAAGGUCCACCUCAUGGAAGGUUACAAGUCUCCUCUGUCAAUGGAAUUUUGCACUAUCACUAUGCCCUUUCCACGGAGACGGAUAGUGGCAUUUGAUGGGACUCCGUCAGCUGGGACUGUUUUAACCACAGAGCACUCUGUUGAGUGGAGGAUUCUGGGCAGCGGACGUAGUCUUUCUGGAAAAAGCCUUGAGGCAACUUUCCCUGGGACAAUCAAAUUUAGCCCAUUGCAGAGCAAGAGAAGAGGGGAUGGGGAUGAAGAAGAGAGCGAGGGUGAGGGUGCAGAGAAUGUGGUGAACGUGGAGGACUUCUUGGUGGAGAAAAUGAACAAGGAUCUUCCAGCAGUUGAGUUGGAGGAACCGUUCUGCUGGCAAGCAUAUGACUAUGCCAAGGUCUCAUUCAAGAUAGCCGGGGCAUCUGUAUCACGAAUGUCAAUCGACACAAAAUCAGUCAAUAUCUACCCAACCACAAAGUCGCCAGUUGAGUUUUCUGCUCAGGUGACAUCAGGGGAUUAUAUAUUGUGGAACACAUUGGGGAAGGCUCCAUCUGCAGCCGUCUUGUAAAACCGCCAAGUCUCUUGUCCCUCACUGGUGUUUUGUUUUCUCAUCCCAGAGGAAGUGCGAUUUGUUUGUCUGUUUCUAGAGUGUGAAAUCUUUAAAUGGACAAAAGGACUUGAAGGAACUUCACUGGCACAACCAGAUUCCGGGGAUGAUCAUAUCAACUGCUGGUGAUGGUUUCAACAUCUUAAUACCUUACAACAUUCAGAACACCCUCCCGUCUGAGCUACCUGCCUGAAAGACCCCAGUCUCUGUCUGAAAUCUGUAAAAGUAUUACGCAUAGUUUUGUAUUGUACUCUCUCAGUCCUUUCAUUGAACAUUUUGUUUCAAGAGCUAUAAUACUCUCUUUCAAAACUUUCAAGGUUUUCAUCAUGGGUUGAUUGAUUUCAGUUGUGACAAAAUGUCAAUUUUGAAUAACA